AAUAAUGAGGUCAAACCACGCCGCCAUGUUUCUGGGUAGAAUUUUGUCAAAUUCUUCACCUAAAUUCUCCACUUUUGCCAUCCCUUCUCCACAUUAUCAAUCAUUUCUUGUACCCAGUUUUCAUUUUGAUAAUGCCAGCUGCCAAAUGAGGAGACACUUCUCCGCCUAUCCCAGAUUCGAUUUUGGAUCUAUACGUGAGCCCAACAAUGCCGUCGCUCUAUUUCGGGAAAUGGUGAGGACGCAGCCGCUCCCUUAUGUUUCUGUUUUCAGUAAAUUGUUGAGUACUGUGGUGAAGAUGGAACAAUACUCUCUUGCCCUUCAUCUGAUCGACGAAAUGCUUCAAAGGGAUGUUCCUGUAGAUCACUACAUAUUGAAUAUUGCGAUUGAUUGCUACUGCCGACAGAAAAGACCUGAUUUUGGGUUUGCGAUCUUAGGCAUUUUUUUCAAGCGUGGGUACGAUCCUGAUGUUGUAACCUUUAACACUCUCAUUAAAGGGUUAUUGUUGGUUGGAAGGAUCCCAGAGGCAACUAAAGUGUUGUGGAAGCUGGUGGUCUACCAAUUAUGCGAGCCCAAUGAACAGACGCAUAGUACUAUGAUUAAUGGGAUAUGCAAAGCUGUAGGUACUCUCCAUGCGCUGGAAUUGCUCUGUUUAUUGGAAAAAGAAAAGGGAAUCUGCAAACCCAAUCUCUAUUCUUACAAUGCAGUCAUUGAUGGUCUAUGCAAGGAAGGAAAGGUGGACGAUGCUCUCCAACUCUUCUCCUCUUUGGGUGAUAAGGGCAUUUCACCCAAUGUUAUGACAUAUAAUUCAAUAAUUGAGGGGUUGUGCAAGAUGAAAAGAAUGGACGAGGCCGAAGACUUGUUAAAGAAGAUGAUAGCUGACAAGGUCUGCCCAAAUGUGGUGACGUGUAAUAUCUUUGUGGAUGCUUGGUGCAGAGAUGGAAAGGUGGAAGAGGCCGAGCAUAUGUUGGUAGCUAUGAAGGACAUUGAUCUUAAACCUGAUAUUGCUAUUUACAAUGCAUUGAUAAAUGGGUACUGUAUGCAAGGAAAAAUGGACGAAGCUAGACGCAUUUUUCUAUUGGCAAUGAAUUCGGGAAUCAAGCCCGAUAUCAUAAGCUACAAUAGCUUGAUGAACGGGUAUUGCAAAAAGGGGCAAAUCGAUGAAGUUUCACGUCUUUUUUUCAUAAUUCCCUACAAAAGGUUAAAGCACAAUGUGGUUUCUUAUACCAUAAUGCUAGAGGCCUUAUUUCGUGAAGGCAAAUGUGAAGACGGCGUGAAGCUUUUCAAAGAGAUGGAAGCUCUACAAGUGUCUCCGAAUAUAAAGACUUAUACUAUCCUUAUUGAUGGAUUAUGCCAUGAUAAUAAAGUGACACAAGCAAAGGAUCUAUUCAACGAGCUUCCAUCCAAAGGUAUGCAGCCUAAUGCCGUAACAUAUACAGUCCUUAUCGGUGCACUUUGCCAAGAUGGGCAAAUAGAGGAGGCUAAGGAUUUGAUAAUGGAAAUGGCUAACAACGGUUGCUUGCCUGAUUGUGUGACAUACAAUGUUUUUGUUCAAGGUCUUCUCAAAAGGAACAAGAUACAUGAUGCAAUGCCAAUUUUGGAAGAGAUGAAUGCAAGGGGUUUCACACUUGAUGAGACUACUUUUUCGAUGUUGAUUGAACCUGUGGUAAGGGAAGGUAGAGAUAGUGUUCUAUUUGAUAAGAUUAAGAAACUUGUACCAAAGGACCUCUUUUCUAGAUAGGUGUUAUGCUAUGUUAGAGGUUGAAGAAUUAUAUUACCAGAACUAAGGUGAAACUAUAUUUAUAUCU